ACUGCAACGGCUGUCAAAAUUUUCCAUCAAAUUGUCAAAACAAAAGUGGUUAACCAAGAUGUCGGAUUUGAAUGAUGACUUGCUCAGCUACGAGCUGGCGGAAGGUGAGGAUCCGGCCCUACUGAAUGAGGACGACCUGCUGCUGUCCGACGAUGAGAGUGGCAUCAAGCUCGAGCAACACGAGGAGGAGUUCCUGCUCAGCGAAUCGGAGGACUGGGUUGCCAAACAGCUUGCGGCCAAGGAGAAGGAAGCAGCUCAACGAUUGUCGAAGAAAGUUUCGGAUCUCACGCCGCCGACGACGACGACGCCUACCGUCGUUCACGCCUCAAAGGAAAAUGCAGCCCAGGUGCAGCCUAGGAAGGUCACCAACGUAAAACGGAUUCCACCGUCGCAGCAACGUAGUGCGAGUCCAAAAGAACAAACACCUUCCAUACCGGAAGUGAAGAAAGAAAUUAUCAGAACUGAAAUCGCGCCGCCAGCAAGUGCCCCAGCUCAUCAGGAACUGGACGCGAUAGUGAAAGAAGAAGCACCUUCAAGCCAGGAGACGAUUUUGCCCGCAUCUACGGAAUCCGAAUCCGGCAGAGAUACUACAACGGAUAUAUCUUCCGUUUCUGGCUCAUCUCUAGUUCCGGAAUCGGCCUCGGGCACCUCUCUGUUCACAGAAUCCUCUUCCGUCUCACAAACGGAUUUGGACAUUACACCUGCCCGACAAUCCACUCACAGGGAAGAAGAAACGGAUGGCGUUUCUUCGCAGGACUCACGAGUAGCGGAUGCCGAAGCUUCAAAAGUAUCUUUGAAUGAGAAAGCCAAAUCCUCCAGUCAGCUCUGCGAUACCACUUCGACCGAGGAUGUGUUGGACUUGUAUGUCACAAAUCAAGACCGUGAACAGGAUUUCUCCUAUGACACGGAUGAAUCCACGGAGAAGCGUGACUGGAAGCAUGAGACGAGUAACAAAAAUUCAUCCGCUUCACACCAGUCACAGCAGCCCCUUCGGCCACAUUCAAACAGGCCGAACAACUUCAAACAUUCCGGCGAUUCCAGUGGCUCUUCCUCUGGAGAACAACAUUUUCCACCCCUUGGAAUGCUGCCACAUCCGGGAGGACCCGGAGGAUACGGCCCAGGACCAUUUCGUGGUGGUAUGCGUCCACGUUUUCCGCCGCGACCAGGUUUUCCGGGUGAUAUGAACAAUUACCGCAACAAUCGUAUGAACUUUCCGAUGGGAGGUAGGCCUCCAUUCCCACCGCGCGGGCCUCCGUUUGAUCCCAUGAUGCGACCAGGUAUGAUGCGACCUGGCGAUCGCAUGCCCUUCGACCCAAUGCGAGGUGGACCCCGUAUGGGUCCCGGUGGACCAAUGUUUCGACCAGGUGGCCCUGGUGGACCAUUACCCGGUGGACCACCAUUCGGCCCAAUGGGUGGACCAGGAAGAGGCCCCGAAAUGCCCCCUGGUGGCCCUCCAGGUCCGAUGGGUGCCAUUCAACCGCACCCGCCUCCAUUGCUGGGUUUCGAUACUGCGCCCCUGGCAGCAACCACCCCUGCUGUUCCUGUGAUUUCCGCACCGGUUCUACCCAGAAAGGUGUUAAUCAACCCAAACUUCAAAGGAGGCGUUGAGGCAGCAACUAAUCAAUUGAUGCGCGAUGCACUAAGUAGUCAACAAUUUCUAGCUAAUAUAAACAGCCGUCCAGUCAGCGACGAGGAGCUGCUCCGUCAGCAGGAGGAAUUCAUCAACAAAAAUCGGAUUGAAGUGGAGAAACGCCGCUUCGAGCGGUCGCCAUCCCGCGAGAGAGAACGAGAGCGCGAACGCGAUCGGGAUCGAGAUCGCGAAAGAGACCGCGAGCGCGAACGGGAGCGAGAACGCGAUCGGGACCGUGAUAGGGAACGCGAACGGGACCGCGGUCGCUCGAGGGAACGGGAACGCGAACGGGACAAAGAGCGCGACCGGGAACAUCGUGAUCGUUCGCCACGGGAACGAUCCAGGUCUCCGCGGCGUCAUCGCGCUGGCAGUCGGGACCGGGACGCAAAUCGACCGCCGAGAAGGAAUUUCCCUUCGCGGCGACAGGGCAGUCGCGAUCGUGACGACGACAGUCGGUAUCCGAAGAGGCGGAAGAGCGGGGAUUACGGGGACAAUCCGAGGGGUAACAGUGAUAGAAAGGACGACGAUGAAGAUCCCGAAAUUAGAGCGUAUCGAAUGGAAAUUGAGAAGCAGAAAGCUGCUCGGGAGAAGAUUAUUCGUGAUAAGGAGAUGCGUCGGAAACAAGCGGCGGAAGAGAAUAAGAAACCGAGAACUUCGGAUCGCAAAUCCGAGGAACCUCCCGCCAAGUACACUCCGAUCGUGGUCACCGAAAAGAAGAUCAUCUCCCUCAAAAAGAAAUCCGAAUCAGAUAGUAAGUCGCCAUCGGAUCGCCACUCAUCGUCCAACCAUGCUACGUCCUCAUCGCGUAAGCCCGCUGCACAGUCGGUGGAGUCGUCUAAAAAGGCACCACCGUCGUCCGCCAACACCACCACCACCACCUCUUCGUCCGACAACGAUUCGUCGAAGUUGACCUCGUCAGCACCCCCGUUGUCACCGGGCUCACCAAAACGCAAAGUCAUCGACAAUCGGGACGAGCUGGAUCUGUUUCUGGACGAGUACGAAGAGGAGCUGCUGCGGGAGCCGACCCCAUCGCCUCCGCGGGAGAAACCUCCUCCGCCGGUCAGCAGCAACCGAGAUAGUGGGCGCGAGGGUCGCGACAGUGGACGAGAUGGUCGGGGAGACGGCCGUGACAAUCGCGAUCAUCGGAGUGGUUUCGGCUCCGGCAGCCGGCGUAUUGUGCUUAAACCAGUUUCGGGAUCGGAUUCACGCCAGAGCGAUAAAGACAAAGCUCCGCCGGCGAAGAAGUCCAGAGUAUUUGAUAGGCUAGAUAAGCGGAUAGGGGUCAAUGAUGCCGACAAACGCAAACUACAAAGGUUAGUCAAGGACAACUGAGACAGCUCAAUUGACAAGGGAACACAGAUUAAUGUACUUGCGUGCACGUGUGGUAAAGACUUGGAUUUGGUUUCCUAUACUUUUAUGUUCAUUCUUGUGUUCGUAUCAAGAUUGUUCUUUGGUGUAACAAGUGUAAGUUGUUGUUCACAAAGUACCCACACUUCAGUAUGUUAUGACCUAGGAUUAGGAUUUAUAGUCGCUCACAAUCCGUGUGCAGUAGCAACCAUUUUAAUUUAUUUGCUAAGACAUUUUCGUUCUCACAGGAGAACGAAAUUACAACACAUCCUUGGUAUCCUACAGGUGGGCUCAAUCGCCUUACAUUAUUUUUUGAUGAAUCGCCAAUUUGUUACGCGAUAACAAACGAAUAGCCCGGCAUAAAUUCACGCGCGUUUAACUUCCUACUAGCUGCUUUUUUUAAAUACCAUUUAUUGUAAGCAAAACCUAUUGUGUAACGACGAAAGUUGAGAAAAACUGUGAAAGUUAGUCUUUAGGCAUUAACAAAUUUUCAAUUAAGCUAGUUCAUAAAACCCCCAUAAAAGGUAAUCUUUACGCUGACAAAAAAUAGUGACAACUAAAGUGAAAAGUACAUAAAUGCAUUGCGCAUAGCAACAGGUA